AGAAAACUUCCCGAAAAAGAUCAUCUAUUGAGUACUUCUAGUUAACCUACCCCAACCGUAACGGAGUGCUUGGAAGCUGUUGCUAACACGGGGUUUUCAGAGAAAAAGAUGGCAUCAAUUCAGGUUGCCACAAGCUCUACCAUUGGAUCUGCUCAGCAGCAGCAGCAGCAACAGCAGCAGGUGAGGGGUGCGCCGGGUCCCAUUUAUACGGCCUCGUUCCCGGCGUCCGGGGAAAGAAACCAGCUAUGUCCGAUCUCCUCCAUCUUGACGACGGAUGUGGAUCCGGUGCAGUUGAUGCCCAUGUGGUGUCUUACUGACGCCGUACGUCCGGCCGUACGUCCGGCUGAUGCCCCGGUCGUAGCCCCGGCACCGGCAGCGGCCUCACAAGUGCAGGCACCUUCGAUACCUGAGGUCGCGUUACCUGGGCCUUCAUCGACAAAUGCUCCCCCGGCAAGUCCCAGAAAGAUUAAGAACGCCGCCGGGCGGACGCUACUUCCAAACGCCCGUCCGAAGAUCCAUGCGCAGAGCUCGAGGACGCCUCUGAACGGUGCACAAUCCUUGACCUCGGCGCUGAAUCGACCUGCGGCUUCGGCUUCGGCUUCAGCUCCGGCUCCAGCCUCGGUCGCGGCUUUGGCUCCUGCUGCCGAUCAAGUUCCUGCGCAACCAGCGGUCGAGGCCUCCAACCAGGGGGGUAAGCAGAAAGAGAAAGUACGCUGCAGAUGCACAUUUUGUGUAAGGAAGCGCGGGCCCGAGGGCAAGAUGAUGGCCGAUAAGACGUUCAAGGAGCACAAACGUGCAGACGACGUCGAUAGAACAGGAACUGCGCAGGAUCCUAAGUGCGGGAAAUGCCAUGCGGGAGGCUACCGAUGUGUUCGGAGGACAAAUGGCCCGUGUAGCGUCUGUAUGCGCAUGUCGGAUAAAUGUUCCUUCACGGGCAUAUCUCUGAGACAGAGAGAGGUUAACAAGCGGACGCGCAAUGCGGCGGCGGCUACUGCCAAUGCUUCCGUUGUUGGUCCUAGUCCCGCAACUCAACAGGCACCACAGCAGCAGCAAGAGUCAGAGUCGUCUUCCGAGGACGAGACAUAUGACGACGAACUUCCUGACUUGUUCGUUCCCGGACAGCAGGGAGAAGAGUUCGGCGUCGAUCGCGAGAAUGAGAAUGCGGGCGGCGAGAGCAACAGCGUUUCGAGCGGGACGCUCGAGGCUGGCUCGAAUACCCCAGAUGCCCAACCUCCCUGUCCCUCGCCCCCACCUGCUGUCGAGAAGAGGCCGGGCGAAGUCGAGGAAGAUGGUGGCGAGUUUCCUGAGUCGAGGCCGAAAAGACUUCGUACGGAAGCAGUUCCGGCUGCCAACGACACGACCGAUUGAUCGUCUCAGAGGACCCAACUGAGCUGGCACUGGAGAGAGGAAGAUGUCAGGGAACAAUGAGCAGCCGUGAGCAGUGUCGUUAUGGCUGCAUGACGGUCGACACUAUGUUCCUGCGUCUACUGCUUUCCCUCGAAAAUGUUGUUUGCCAGAACAGUGGAUGAACCCACACAGGAAGACGACCACGCAACCCAUGCAUCGACAACCAGGGCAUCAUGUA